AGGCAAGGUACAUGCGCUAACCGACUGACACACGACUACUACCUAUCUGCUACGAGAGCACCUGAGCUCCCCCAGUCCCAACCUCCCUCGCUCCCUCCUGCUUCGACAUCACCGAAAGAGAGGCGAAGAGAAAGGACCUCUUUAUUACUUUCUACCAAUUUCCACAUACACGUACGAGACUCGAGACUCGAGGAAACGCAGCAGCCAUGCCGCCAAAUCUUGUCAUUAUUGCCCUGGUUACUGGUAUGCUGGCGACCGGUGUCGCCAAUACCCUCUUGACCAAGUACCAGGACAUGCAAUGUGUCCGCGACUGCGACAACCCCGAUCCCGAGAAGCGCCAUGUCUUCGAGCAGCCGGUGAUGCAGACACUGCAGAUGUUUGUCGGCGAGAUGGGAUGCUGGUUAAUCGUCGGCUGCUUCUCGCUGCGAUCGCUGUACCGUCGGAAACGUCGCGAAAACGACGGGUACCAGCCGGUGGGUCCGUCCGAGGACGAAGAGGACAGUGCGCUCACCGCGAGCAUGAGCACGGCGCCAAAGGCUGUCUACGACGACGGGCGUAUUCCAAUCUCCGGGAUGAAGGUGUUCCUACUUGCGAUCCCGGCCUGCUGCGAUAUCGCCGGGACUACCCUGAUGAACGUCGGAUUGCUGUUCGUGGCGGCGAGUAUCUACCAGAUGACGCGUGGCGCCCUCGUGCUUUUUGUAGGGCUGUUCAGUGUGCUGUUCUUGAAGCGCGUGCUGUACCCGUUCCAGUGGUUCGCGCUGUUCGUGGUCGUCAUCGGUGUGGGUGUGGUGGGAAUGGCCGGCGCGAUAUUUAAGGACCCGGCGCCAGAGGACCGGAUCAAGGCGAACCAGGGCAAGGGAAUGGGGGAUCUGUCGCCGGCGGUGAGCACGGUCAUCGGGGUGCUCCUGAUCGCGUUCGCGCAGAUCUUCACGGCGACGCAGUUUGUGGUCGAGGAAUGGGUGCUCGAGAAGUACUCGCUCGAGCCGCUCAAGGUCGUCGGCUGGGAGGGAAUCUUUGGCUUCGUUGUCACCGUGCUCGGAAUGACGAUCCUCCACUUUACGGUCGGUGUUACGCCCGAGGGUCAGAAUGGCUACUUCGAUGCCGUCGAGGGCUGGAGGGAGAUCACGUCGUACCCCACUGUGGCUUUCUCGUCGCUCGCCAUCAUGGUCUCCAUCGGCGGCUUCAACUUCUUUGGUAUCUCGGUUACUAGGUCUAUCUCCGCUACCGCAAGGAGCAUCAUCGAUACCUGCCGCACGCUGUUCAUCUGGGUCGUGUCGUUGGCCCUGCACUGGGAGAGCUUCAAGUGGCUGCAGAUCUUGGGAUUCGCCCUCUUGGUCUACGGCACAUUCCUGUUCAAUGAACUGGUACAACCCCCGCUCCGCUGCUGCCUCGGAAACCGCAAGGCCGAGGACGAGGACGGCUCCGGCACCGACGAGGCGCGUGCAGGACUGCUGCCGGAAGGGCCCGUCGAGCACGUGUAGUACAGCGCAGCGUAAGGGCAGUAACUGUGGUGGUGGCGGUGGUGACGGUGGCAUGACUAUGAUGUGUGGGGUCGGAUUGAUCGGGGACUUUUGUGCUUCGCUUUGCUUUGCUUGCUUGGUUUAUUGCAUUAUUGCAUCCGUACGUCUGUUUAUUGUUUAUUGCAAAGCGCGUUUUAAAGCUAUCCUGUCCCGUGGGCUUGUUCUCCUUCGAGGGAGAGAUCGUGGACCAGUGAAGACGCCGGUGGGAUUGGGACUCAGGAGUUGGAUGCUUGAUACAUAUAUCCUGCGAGGAAGAUCGGAUGUGACUUGAUAGAA